AUGAAGCCCCCAUCCUCCUGGAAAACCAGUCGGUGCCCCUCCUGCAUCGUCCCCCUCGCCUUCCUCGUCUUCAUCGCCGUCGUCUACUUCGAGGACUUCUCCUGCGUCCUAAGGCCCUCGCUCCAGCCCCUCCAACUGCUCCACUCCGCCAGCGGCGUAGAAGGUAGGAAGCCGUAUUUACUUGUCGGUAGGAGAGCCCUAGAUGGAUGUUCUCUCUCACCAGAGUGAUAUCUCGUUCCCGUCGCAGAGGAGGAGGGCGGCGGCGGCGGCGGCGGGUGGCCGUUCGCCGUCGGCGAGACGCCGGCGAAGUGCGAUCUCUUCUCCGGCGAGUGGGUCUACGACGAGGCCUCCCGCCCUCUGUACCAGGAGGAGGAAUGCCCCUACAUUCAGCCGCAGCUCACCUGCCAGGAGCACGGCCGUCCCGACCGGGGCUACCAGCACUGGCGGUGGCAGCCCCGCGGCUGCUCCCUCCCCAGGUUCGUUCUCACAGAGAAAAUUCGUCCCUGUAAAUCUUCAAUGGCCGGCGAAUGACGAGGCGGCGGCGCAGGUUCAACGCCUCUCACUUGCUGGAGAUGCUCCGGGGGAGGAGGAUGCUCUUCGUCGGCGACUCGCUGAACAGGGGUCAGUUCUCCUCCAUGGCGUGCCUGCUCCACCGCGUCAUCCCCGAGGGGGCCAAGUCCAUGGAGACCUUCGACUCCCUCACCGUCUUCCGCGCUAAGGUGCCCGCCGCCGGUCUCCGGCGGAGUUUCCUUCCUUCUUCUUCCCCCAAAACUCCGCUGACGUCGCCUGAGCGACACUGUGUCAGGAGUACAACGCCACCGUGGAGUUCUACUGGGCGCCGUUCCUCGUCGAGUCCAACUCCGACAACGCCAUCGUCCACCGGGUGACUGAUCGGAUCGUCCGCGCAGGGAACAUCCGCCGGCACUCCCGCCACUGGGAGGGCGCCGACAUCAUCGUCUUCAACACCUAUCUCUGGUGGAUGACCGGCGCCCCCAUGAAGAUCCUGUAACAAUCGACCCUUCUUCUUCUUCUUCUUCUUCUUCUUCUCCUCCUCCUCCUCCGACUUCGUCUUCUGAAACCGCCGCCGAUCGCUCCUGCAGGCGGGGGCCAUUCGGCGGCGACAUGAAGAACAUCACCCUGAUGGAGACGGAGGCGGCGUACAGGACGGGGCUGAGGAGCAUGGUCAGAUGGGUGGAGCGGCACAUGGAUCCUCGCAAGAACAGGGUCUUCUUCGCCACCAUGUCGCCCUCCCACGAGACGUCUGCACUCUGCAAUCCCCCUUCCUCUUCUUCCUCUUCUUCCUCUUCUUCUCCGGGUCGAAUUAACAGUCCCGGCGCCGGCGUCGGUGCAGGGGCUCCGACUGGGGCGGGUCGCCGGAGGAGAACUGCUACAACCAGACGGCGCCGAUCGCCGAUCCAGGCUACUGGGGGAGCAGCACCAGCAAGAGCAUGAUGAGGGUCCUGAAACAGGUUCUGGGAAAUUCGAGGUUCCCCAUCGCCGCCCUGAACAUCACGCAGCUGUCGGAGUACCGCAAGGACGCUCACACACAGAUCUACAAGCGGCAGUGGAGCCCGCCGACGGCGGAGCAGCUGGCCAACCCCAAGAGCUACGCCGACUGCGCCCACUGGUGCCUCCCCGGCCUCCAGGAUACCUGGAACGAACUCCUCUACGCCAAGCUCUUCUUCUUCCCCUAG